AUGUCGUCAUCUGAGGGUGAUGGUGGUCUGCAUCUGCAGCAAGAGAUAGCAGCAGUAUUUGCUUCUGCAGGCAGCAGCAGCAACGAGGUGCAGCAGCAAGUUGCUGCUGCUCUUAAUCGUAUAAAUGAGCUACCUCAGGUGUAUGUACACUAUGCAGCAAUAUUAGGUAGCUGCCUAUACACCCCAGAUGUAAGACAGGUAGCAGGUCUUAGUCUUAAGGGUGCACUGCAGCGGCCGCUGCAGCAGCAGCUGCAGCAGCAGGAGCUGCAGCAGCUGCUGCCACCAUUAUUGCAUGCAUUACAAGAGGAUCAUAGACCAAUUCGUGCUGCUGCUGGAUCUGCAUUUGCUGCACUUAUAUGCUGCCAGCAACUGCAGCAGCAGCAGCUGCAGGAGCUGCUGCAGCAGCUGCUGCUGCUGCUGGACUCCCCACGGUUCGAUGUAGCAGAGGCAGCACUUAGUACAUUAGGUAAGGUAACAGAGGAUUUGCUGCAGGGAGUUAAGCUAAAUCAGCUGCAGCAGCAACUGCAGCAGCAGCAGCAGCAGCAACAGCAGCAACAGCAGCAGCAGCAGCAGCAGCAGAUACCUCAUUACCAACAAUUAAUGUAUUUUAUUCCUUGGGCACAGCAGCAUCUUAUGCCACGUUUGCUGCUAGAGGCAAGAGGUCUUAAUAAAUUAAAUAAUAAUAGCAGCAGCAGCAGCAGCAGCAGCAGCAGCAACAACAGUACAAUAAUACCUAAUUUAUCAUUCCCUUCGGAUGCAGCAGCAGCAGCAGCUGCAGCAGCAGCAGCAGCAGCAGCAGGAGGACAAACAGGAUUAUUAUUAGAGGGUGGAUUUUCUUCAGCAGAUUUAUUAUCUGCAGCAGCAACAAGACCAGAUACAGCAGCAGGAACAGCAGCAGCAGCAGCAGCAGCAACAGCAGCUGCAGCAGGACGUAUAGGAUGGACACAAGAACAGCAGCAGCAGCAGCAAGAAGAAGCAUUAUAUAUAUUAAAUAUUAUUUAUUAUACACUUAAACAAGAUGCAUUAGAAUUCUGGCCUGCAAUAUUAAGAGAAGUAUCUAAUGCUCCUCCUGAGGUGCAGCAGCACGUGCUGCAGCAACUGCAGCAAAGAUUGCCGCAAAUAAUUCCUCUUCUUGUUGCUAAUACUGUAUAUACAGAGACAGACUUCCUUAACAUGGAUCCAUCUCAGUUAGAGGAUGAUAAUGCAGGUACAGCAGAUGAUAUACAAGAGAUAGCCCCUAGGUUCCACCGCAGCAGGGACCCAGCAGCAGCAGCAGCAGCAGCAGCAGUAGGAGGAGGAGGAGGGGGGGAUGAUGACCAAUCAUUAGGAGGAGGAGGAGGAGGAGAAGAUGAUGAUGAUGAUGAUGAUGGAUUAGCAGCAAAAGGUGCAUGGGGAGACAGCUGGACAAAGCAUUAA